GUAUUAUAGCGCCACUUACGGUUCAAGUGUUAGCAUUUACCUGGAAACUUCAGGUAAAAUUCUCAGCAUCACUUUGGGUUAUUUAUAGAUAUGAGGAAUAAGUGCAAACGAGAACGUUAUAUUCUGGAAUAAAAAGUAUUCAUCUUUGUUAAAAAUGGCUACAUCGGCCGCCGGAACUGAAGUGUCAGGUAGAAUGCAGCCCAUGUCAACAAAUAACAUCUUUAUGAACAGAAAGAUGUUCAACGACCCGAUCCAUGGAACUAUUGACGUCCAUCCAGUAUGCGUGAGAAUUAUUGACACGCCAGAGUUCCAACGCUUACGUCAUAUCAAACAACUAGACACAUGCUAUUUAGUUUAUCCUGGUGCAAGUCAUAAUAGGUUUGAACACUCAUUAGGAGUAAGCUAUUUAGCCGGAAAAUUGUUAAAAACUAUUCGGGAACAGCAACCGGAAGAACCAAUAACAGAUAGAGACAUACUGUGUGUAGAAAUAGCUGGACUCUGUCACGAUUUAGGACAAGGGCCUUUCUCGCACGUCUUUGAAAAGCGGUUUAUGCCUAAAAUGAGAAAAGAAUUUAAGCAUGAAACUAUGGCAAGAAAACUGUUCGAAUACAUGCUAGACAAAAAUAAUGGAGAAAUCAAAGAUAAGAUUCAGGCGAUUAUAGGCGCAUGCAACAUACCGAAUUUUGAAGAAUUCACAGAAGAUGACUUUACUUUCAUCAAAGAAAUGAUUGAUGUACCAAAAGAUCUUGAGAUAGGGCCUUGGCCAUAUAAAGGUAGAGAAGAAAACAAAAGCUAUAUGUAUGAGAUAGUAGCUAACAAGAGGAACGGAAUUGACGUAGACAAGUGGGACUAUCUGGCACGUGAUAGCUAUAUGCUAGGAGUGAAAAUAAACUUUGACUACCAUCGAUGUUUUGCCACUGCACGAGUUUUGAGAGUCAAUGGUUUAAGUGGGCCAAAUGGGGAGAGUAAUGAAAAUGAAUCUACCGACUCGAGAAGAGAUAUCGUACCCAGAAAACAAAUAUGUUAUAGAGAAAAGGAAGCACAGAAUCUCUACGACAUGUUCUACACUAGAAUGACGCUACAUAAACAGGCAUAUCAACAUAAAACACAUUCUAUCAUUGGCAUGAUGAUAUGUGAUGCUCUAGUGGCUGCAAAUGAAAGUAUUCGAUUGGCUGGAAAAAGGGAAACUUGUAGCAUUUCAGAUACAGUUGACGACAUGCAAGCGUUUACACAGUUGACAGAUGACAUAAUCCUUUCCAUUCUCUAUCCCCCGACUCGCGGUAUAGCAUCACGACAGUCUGAAACAGAUGGUCUUACUACAGCUAGGUCAAUAUUAAAUGAUAUAUUUGAAAGAAAGCUGUACAAAUUUGUUUCUCAAACGCAGGUUAAGAAAGGAGAGCUGAUAGAACACGAAUUCAAGGAACACAUCGUGAGGUCCCUUACAGAAGAUGGGUUUCCCAUUGAAGAAAAAUUUAUAGAAUAUGAUAUUGUGAAUUUAGACUACGGGAUGGAAGACAAAGACCCAUUGGAGAAGGUGCGGUUUUACAGGAAAGACCAACCGAAUGAAGCACUUAAGCUAGAAAGACAUCAGGUGUCUUAUGUUCUACCAGAGACAUUCGCAGAACAAUUAGUACGCAUCUACUGCAAAGUAAAUGGACCGGAUCCCAAGGUAGAAAAUGUCAAAAAGGCAUUUUACAGUUGGUGUAUUCAGAAAGGAUUUCCGCCACCCAAAGGUGGAGUUCGGAGACAGACUGACGGGGAUUAAAAGACAACCACAAUAAGAACCGACAUCAGACAGUGUAAAAGAUAAGAGUAAUAUAACGGCAUUGCCAUGGAUGACACUAGACACUUGUUUUAUAAAUCAUUUUGUUUCCACAUAAUCUAUAAAUAACUAACAUAUGCAAUGGUUUUCUGAUCAUUUCCAACAUAGGACACUGCAGGUGUGAUUAAAAGUACUUGUAUUUAAUUUGAUAAAACAUCGUAAUGCCCGAAGCUGCAGGAAAAGUUUAAGAAAAUGCUUUUUAAAAAGUGUAAGACCUUAUUACAUACAUAUUCUUGUACAGAUUCAUUUUCUUGUGUUAACUUUACUAGUAAAAUGUUGAGAGUAAAGAAUAUAAAUAUACAAUUUAGAUAAAAACACGUUAUGUAAAAUGGUAGGCGAGAUAAUUCGCCUGAAGUUCCAUAAGUGGCUUCCAUUGUAUAUCUGCAAUAGUAAAAACAUUAUUUUACCCACUUUAUAUUAAGUUAAAACACUAAUCUCGUUAAAUAUUUCGUUAAAUGUUUGAAUUGUGCCAUUUUAUUAGAUUUGUAUUUUGAUAAAUAGUUUACAUAUAUGUAUUUGAAAAAGCAACAAGAACAACAGUGCAAGACAUUUUGAUGCCAAAAUACAAAAAUCGAGCUACCAACAGUUUAUAAUUGGUCAGACUCUAGGCAGUGCCAACUGGAUCUAGAUCUAUACUGCUGAUAAACAUUUGUAUGUUAUUUCUAUAGUUUUCGACCUAUUAUGAUGUUUCAUGAAUAUAUGAAUAAUUUAUUAUGAAUGAGAUGUCUUUAUGUAUUGUAGUCUUUGAAUUUUCACAGCCAGUGAAAGUAGACUAUACUUAUAAAAAGAAAGAAGACAAUAUUUUUAUUUUUAAGAUAAAAUAUAAACUAUUCUUCUAUCAAUGACAUUUUGAAAUGCAAACAUGAAUGAGAAAGCUAAAUCUUUAAUCGACCAUUAUUCAUGUAAAAAAUUUUGAAUCGCUGGUAUUUAGUUUCUGAAACCUUAUAUAUAGAGUUGUCGUAAAAAGUGUAUGUAUGCAAGAGUAAAACAUUUAUUAUAUACUUACACAUGAAAUAUUGAGAAAUAUUGAUAAAUAUUGAUGGAAUAAAAUGAGCAUUUUCGUUUUCCGUGUAUUCACUGUAAAAUACAUUUUCAUUGGUGUCUUGCCAGGUUACUUUUUCUAAAUCCAGCUAAAAAAAUAAAGGGGAAGUAUUCAAAUUAUAAUAUAAAUGUGGUAUAAAAAUUAUCGCAUUUCACUCGUGACUACCGCCACUUAUGAAAUAUUUUUUUAUACCACUCGAUGAAAAAAAAUAUUGUAUUUAUAUAAAAAAAAUGAAUAUCCUAUACUUAUUUAUUAAUUUUUUUGAAAAUUAUCUAUUUAUAUUUCUGUGAUAAAUUUGAUGUAAAGUAGAUGGUAGUUAAAUGCAACUCAUUAUUACAUUCAAUUUGUUUCGUGCUUGCUUUCUACUUUU